CAUUGCGCAUGCCCAUUGGAGUACAAGACUUCCGACUCAACGAAGCCGAUGAACCGGUGAAAUAGCAAGCCAUAUAUAUAUAUUUUUAAAGGCAACGUCACGUUGUUGACAGUACGCAGCCGAUAACCAACAAUGGCUAGUGUGUCAUAUCACAUUGCCAAUUUACUUGAAAAAAUGACCUCAAGUGACAAAGACUUUAGGUUUAUGGCUACAAAUGACUUAAUGGCAGAACUGCAGAAAGAUUCUAUCAAGUUGGAUGAUGACAGUGAAAGAAAGGUGGUGAAAAUGCUACUGAAGUUGCUGGAGGACAAAAAUGGUGAAGUGCAGAACCUCGCAGUGAAAUGCUUGGGCCCUUUAGUGAACAAGGUGAAAGAAUUUCAGGUGGAAGUCAUUGUGGAUACUUUAUGCAGCAACAUGCUGUCUGACAAGGAGCAACUUCGUGAUAUUUCCAGCAUUGGCCUGAAGACAGUGAUUAGUGAGCUGCCACCUUCGUCAACAGCACUGGCUGCCAGCAUUUGUAAGAAGAUAACUGGUCGACUAACAAGUGCAAUUGCUAAGCAAGAGGACGUUUCCGUUCAACUGGAAGCAUUAGACAUCCUUGGGGACCUGCUGAGUCGUUUUGGUGGUUUACUGGUGAGCUUCCACAGCUCCAUACGUCAGGCCCUUCUUCCGCAGCUGGCAUCUCCUCGCCUGGCUGUCCGUAAACGGGCUAUCAUUGCCAUUGGUCAUCUGGUCAUGAGCUGCAACAGUGCACUGUUUCUAGAGCUCAUAGAGUUUUUGCUGGCAGAGUUGAACAAAAACUCAUCCACAUCCACCACCCGCACCUAUAUCCAAUGUCUUGGGGCUGUAAGUCGUCAGGCUGGACACAGGUUUGGUGAGCAUUUGCAGAGUAUUGUACCCUUGGUGGUCAAGUUUUGCCGCAAUGAUGACGAUGAAUUGCGGGAGUAUUGUUUGCAGGCAUUUGAGUCCUUUGUUAGACGUUGUCCUAAAGAAGUUUCACCAUUUAUUCCAGAGAUUACAGAAAUUUGUUUGAAGUAUAUCUGUCAUGACCCUAAUUACAAUUAUGACGAUGAAGAGGAAGAGGAUAUGGACACUGAAGCUGAUGAGGAAGAAGAAGAAGAUAGCAAUGAGGAGUACAGUGACGAUGACGACAUGUCAUGGAAGGUGCGUCGUGCUGCUGCCAAGUGUAUUGAGGCUGUCAUCAGCACCAGGCACGAGAUGCUGGCAGAGUUCUAUCGCUCUGUCUCUCCAGCUCUGAUAUCUAGGUUCAAAGAACGAGAAGAAAAUGUAAAGAAUGACAUAUUCCAUGCCUACAUCUCUCUUCUGAGACAAACGCGACCUGUAGCUACUUCCUCUUCUGAUGCUAUGGAUGCAGAAGAUGGGCCAGUCUUGAUGCUGCAGUCCCAAAUAGGAGACAUCGUGAGGGCUAUCCACAAACAGCUCAGAGAGAAGAGCAUCAAGACUCGACAAGGUUGCUUCAGCCUCCUGACAGAGCUGGUGCUGGUGCUGCCAGGAGCCCUUGCAGACCACUUUAGUGCCCUCGUGCCAGGGAUCCAGUACUCUCUUGGUGACAAAAAUUCAAGCUCAAACAUGAAGAUCGACACUCUCUCUUUCCUCAACACUUUGCUAGUUCAUCACAAUCCCACGGUUUUCCACCCUCAUAUGAAAAUUCUGGUGCCGCCUAUUGUGAAUGCUGUUGGUGAUCCGUUUUACAAAAUCACAUCAGAGGCGUUGUUGGUCACACAGCAACUGGUUAAAGUUCUGAGACCUCUAGACAUGCCUGGCGUCAAAUUUGACUACAAGCCAUAUGUCAAAGAUCUUUAUAGCUGUACUCUUAUGCGCUUGAAAGCAGCUGACAUAGACCAGGAGGUCAAAGAGCGGGCUAUUUCAUGCAUGGGACAGAUUGUCAGUAACCUAGGGGACUGUUUGUCAGUGGAACUUUCUGAGUGCCUUCCAUUGUUUUUGGAGAGGCUGAAAAAUGAAAUCACUCGCUUGACAACUGUGAAAGCUCUCACCCUUGUUGCCAGCUCUCCUUUAAAUAUUGACAUCAAGCCAAUUCUGACAGAAGGAGUGCCCAUUCUAGCAUCAUUCUUAAGGAAGAAUCAGCGAGCCCUCAAGUUGUCUACAUUACAGUGCCUUGAUGUGCUUGUCCAGAACUAUGGAUCAGGGUUGACGAAGGCAAUGAUUAGUGACAUUAUGAAAGAGAUGCCUCCUCUUAUUAGUGAAAACGAUCUUCAUGUCUCACAACUGACCAUGAACCUGCUGACAUCAUUGUGUGCUGUCAGCAAAAGCAGCAUGAGUAACCUGCAUGCAGACGUCAUGCCCAUGAUACUAUUGCUGGUGCAGUCACCUUUGCUUCAAGGUGGCGCUCUCCAGGCACUGCUGGAGUUUGUGCAGGCUAUUGUCAGACUUGACCUGCCCAAGCUGGGUUUUCGGGACCUCCUUCAGAUGUUCCUGACGCCUAUCUACAAUGCAAGACCCAUGCAGCAGCCUACAGGACCCUCUUUCUCAGUUCACAAACAGGCAUUCCACUCCAUUGCCAAGUGUGUUGCAGCACUUACAAUCAUGAACACAGGAGAGGCCGUGAAGGUGGUUAACCAGUUCGUCAGCGACAUCAAGAAUCCAGCAUCUUCAGAGUCUAUUGUCAUUUUUGCCUUAUUGGCCCUUGGAGAGAUAGGCAAGCAUGUAGAUUUAAGCAGCCAUGGAGAAAUACAGAACGUUAUUCUGGAGUCAUUUGCAUCACCAAAUGAAGAAGUAAAGUCAGCUGCUUCAUAUGCAUUAGGCAAUGUGAGUGUGGGCAACUUGCCAAAGUUCCUCCCAUUUGUCUUACAGGAAGUGGAAAACCAGCCUAAGCGACAGUAUCUUCUGCUUCACUCACUCAAAGAGAUUAUCAGUUGUGAGUCAAGUUCACUAACAGGGGUGGAAAUCCUCAAGUCCUACAUUCAGACUAUCUGGAAUAUGCUUUUUCAUAACUGUGAAUGUCCAGAGGAAGGUACACGAAAUGUUGUUGCUGAGUGCCUAGGCAAGCUGACUCUUAUUGAUCCUGCAACACUUCUUCGCAAUCUGCAGCAGCACCUGUCGGAUGAGUCACCCCUCACUCGUUCAACAGUUGUAACAGCCAUCAAAUUUACCAUAUCGGACCAGCCCCAAGCAGUGGAUCCCUUGCUGAAGACUUGCAUUGGCGACUUUUUGAAAACCUUGCAAGACCCAGACCUCAAUGUACGCAGAGUUGCCCUUGUGACUUUCAACUCUGCCGCCCACAACAAGCCAAGCCUCAUACGUGACCUGCUAGACUCGGUCUUGCCACACUUAUAUAACGAAACAAAAGUUAGGAAGGAGCUAAUACGAGAAGUUGAAAUGGGACCCUUCAAGCACACACUGGACGAUGGCCUUGACAUUAGGAAGGCUGCAUUUGAAUGCAUGUACACUCUGCUGGAUUCUUGCCUUGAUCGACUGGAUGUGUUCGAGUUUCUUCAGCAUGUGGAAGAUGGUCUAAAAGACCACUAUGACAUCAAAAUGUUAACAUAUCUCAUGCUGGUACGCUUGGCACACUUGUGUCCCAGUGCCGUACUGCAACGUCUCGAUCGCCUGGUAGAGCCUUUAAGAGCUACUUGUACCACCAAAGUCAAGGCACACUCUGUCAAACAGGAGUUUGAGAAGCAAGAUGAACUCAAGCGAUCAGCACUGCGAGCAGUGGCAGCACUGCUUAGUAUUCCAGAUGCUGACAAGAGCCCUCAGAUGAAUGACUUCUUGACACAAAUCAAAGCCAGUGUUGAGCUGACAGCAAUGUUUGACAGCAUCCAGAGAGACGCCUUGAGCAACUCCUCUGACAUCAUCUCGAUGGAUACUAGCUGAAGACUGGAUGGUGGCUAUUUCCAUGCACAUGUAUUUCAGAGAGGAAUAUUUUGUGAUCAUUGCCAUCUUUACAUUUGAGUGGAAGCACCGUGAAAACAUUGGUCUGUCAUUUAGGCUUCGAAUUGAAUGCAAUGCGAGUGGCAUUGGACAAUUUUUCUUAUCUCCCUUUUGUACAUCUUUUGGGGGUUGGCAUGAUUAGCCAAGUGAUGGCAGUUUUUGUAAUGUUGCAGUUGAGCAUGAAUGAAGUGUUCCAUGGCAAAAUCUUGGUGACAGGCGUAAAUCCUUUAUCCUGAAUCUGUUGGACAUUUUUUUUUUUUUUCGGAAAGCAUGUGUGUGGGGGGGAGCACGUUCUUUGUUAUGUUUUGUUUUUAAGAAUUUUUUCCACCCAUGUCCUGUGCUGGCUGGGUUUAUAGCCAGCGUAUUGGCUGGUACCACGUCCAUUGGUAGGAGACAGGACAGGUCUGGUAUAGUGCUGCUAUUUAUCUGAGCAAACACUAGCAGUCCUUACACACUGAUAUAGCUUUCAGAUUUGUUUGCCGCAUCUAUGAUGACAGAAUUAAUGUCUCUAAAAGCUUUGACUUUCUGGCUUAGAGUUCCAGCAAAACAUUGUGUACCCAGAAUAAUUAAGCAUGUAGCAUUGGAUAUGUGUAAUGAAAUGGCUGUGUUCUUUAUUGAAAUCUGGGAGAAAGCAGGACAUAGUGAGAUACUGUGGGGACAGAAUGAUCAGUUGGUGCAGUAUCUUAGAAGACAUUGCAGGAAGGGUCAGGUAGAUGCUAAAAGAGAUGGGGACAUGAAAUGGAAAGCCACCACAUUUGGCCCCUUGUGUUACAUGAAAGGUUAGCAGCAUUGUUGGUAUUAUGUAGGUAACGUGUGUGCAAGGAUUAAAAGUUGUGCUUGCGACGGGAAAAUGCUUUGAUGCUGUUGUAAAGCACCAGGUGCUGAGUAUGCUAACGGUCCAUGGAUGUUGCCUGAAAAUACGCCCACAGGGCGGAGACUUUACACAUCAUCACUGCUUCAGCUCUUCUCCUCCAUCCCCCGCACUUCUCACACCAACUUGUUCCUAGUGUAAGCAGCGUGUGAGAGGGUUUUGUGCUCUGCCAGUUUAUAUUGAUCUUUUGAGCUUGAUGAUUUAAGCGAUUGGUUAUUAA